AUGCUUCUUAAUGCUUUCAAUUGUUGGAUACCUCUGAUGGUAUGUUUUAACGCUGUGAUAUGUCUAGACAUCGUGAGAGCUGAUGGGAUUACAGAUGGAGACCACACGCUUGAUUUGGCAAAUCUCUCGACAAUUCAAAAUCGUUCGGACUUCGUUAUUAGUAAGGAGAACCCUGGUUCUAAUACGGUGUCUUUCCGUGAUACAAGUGUACCUGAAUGGUUGGAUGAUUAUCAAACAAAGCCUAAGAAGAAAUCGAAACUUAACUUGGCUUUUUUGCCAGGAUUGGCAAUUCUCUUUCUGUUUAUUUUUGUAUUUUUUCGUGCCUGUAAAUGGUACAGAGAUAGUUCAAAGAUCAAGGACAGGGGAUGCAGCUAUGAUGUUGCCAGCUAUGUAAUUUUAGUUCAAGGAGAUAAGCAUUUUAACGACGUAGAUAUUGGCGAUAAUUACGACACAGUGAACUCGUAUAAUUCCUACCUGCGAUCCGGUGCUUAUGAAACUAUCACGUCAUCCAGAUCUCUACAGUAUCGCAUGGACUCUCAAAUGUACGACACAGUCACGUCAUAUUCACAAUAUCUUCAGAAAAUAGAAAAAGAAAGCAACCUUGAAAUUGAAUUGAAACAGAUACCAUCAGAUGGCAGUCCAUCACCGAAACAACCCCAUUUCACGAAAAAGACUGCGAAAGGUCAAGUUAAACUACCACAGGAGAGUAGAUUUUCUAUUAAACCAGCUCUUGACAACUAUAUGAGAUUAAAGGGCGCUUAUCAAAAAUCACCGAUGUCGCCAAAGAGUGUUCGAUACAAUAGUGUGGAUCGCAUAGAUGGGAGCCCACGAAAGACAGGGUCGAGAAUGAACAUAACAGUUAACGCUGCAUCUGCAGAGUCAUUACAGUCGGCAACAAACAGGACAUAUGGGCGACAGAUGAGCACAGAGUGCCACAGACCAAGUCCAUCGAGAAGUAUAUCUAAUGUCAUCCGAUUAGAAAACCUUAGGAGAUCGGUCUCCGAAGAUGCACCUAAAAUGUCCCGGCGAAAUACAAAAGAUGAAGUGGCUAAGAAAAAAAGCAAAAAAUGUACAGAAGAAAACCUAGAAUUAAUACAGAAUAAUUUGUGUCAUAAACCAGUACGUAUGGUUGACGCUGAGACCCAAUGUGAAUUAUCCUAUCAAACCACGUCACCAUUAUCGUCUUCCAAGCGUAGACGUCGCUUAGUGUCUGUUCGCUCCGAUGCCAAACAGGACUACGAUGUAAAUGACGUCUUGACAAUUACUGAAAAUGGCAAAACUAGUGUUACUACUUGUGUAACGGAGAUCGCCGAGAAACACACAGAAAAUGGCGAGGAUUUACCUGAAAUUGUAAUUCAAGAUGAUUUAAAAGACGAUCAGCCACCCCUCAGAGUGAAGCCAACAGUCUUUUCAGUGUGUGCAGUGGUGCAUGAUAUAGACACCCUGGCGCACCCUGUAGCAAAAAUUGAAAACGCUUAUUCAGAUGACAAAAAUUCACAACCAAAUAAAGACUCAGAAACAGGAAAUGAAGUGAAAAAACCUGACAUAGACCACGGCCAUAAAUGUUGUCAAUCAAAUGGAUCGAUAUGUUAUACGAAGGGGAAUAAUGAUAUCUUGACUGAAAAAGGCAAACAUCAUUCAUGCGUAUCAAAUGGUAAUCAUUUGGAGAAUAAGGAUCAUAAGAAAAGUGAAAAUGGAUUUUGCAAGAUAAGCAGAAAUAGUUUGCCCUGUGUAUCAACUUUAUCGUCAGAAGGGACACUAAUUGAAAAUAAUUGUCACCUAAAUACUAGCAAAGGGAACAUGUCCAACUGCAUUGCUAGGAGAAGUUCCUUCCACAAUAUAUCACAAUCAAAGCAUGAAAACGCUAUUCAAAUUCAAAAUGACCUCAGUCAAGUUCAAGGUACAUUUAUAGAAAUGGUUCAUUAGAUAUUCAAUGCCAAUGUAACACUCUAUUUGAUACGUUUCAUAAAAUGUGGAUACUAUAUGGUAAUGUUUAAAUUUGCA